AGUGUUUGUGUGUGUGCGUGCAUGUGUGUGUGUGUUUUUUUUCUGAAUGAUGAGUGUGAAGUUGCAGCAGUGUGCAUUUAUCCAACUGGAAUAGGCUUCAGUAGCAGCAGCAGGGCGGGGGAGGUCAUGCUGUAGGGAGGAGGCAGGAUGAGUGACGGGGGAGCCAGCACUCUGCCUCUCUCACGCUCCGACAGGAGUUUAGUCUGCUCCAGCUGCCGACAGCAAAACACAGUGAGGGAUCCAGAGAGGGAGAGAGGGAGAGAGGGGAGGGAAAUGGCUCUGGACCUGUUGAUAUCACAGCUAUGACCUACAACACCAACAUCACACACUGGAUUCUUCCUGUGCUGGGAGUUAAGGAUGCUUUUCUGAGGAUUUCUGUUGUUUUUCUGGGUCUGUUUUUUCUAAAUGCUGUCGCUUGGUAAAAUGCACUCCAGAACAAAGUCCCGGAGUUGUGACAACUACCUGAGUAUCAAGGACGCUGAGUCGUUGGACAACUGCAUCCAGAGCACCUUGUCAGCCCUGUACCGCCCCUUCACUGCUACGGCUGCCACUGUCCUCUGGCAGCUCUUCAGUGUGGUGGAGCGGCAGUAUCGUGGAGACGGCCUCCGCUGCCUCAUCGACUUCUUGCUUCCUGCCAAAAGGAUUCUGCAGAUCAUCCAACAAGAGACCUGCGUAAAAUUCCGAGGCUUGUUGUUCUGUCAUGAGGGCUGGCCUCUCUGCAUUCAUGAGAAAGUCAUUCUGCAGCUCGCUCCUCUGCACAAAGUCCGUUUGAAACAAGGAGACUUCUACUUCCAGAUUGUUCCAUUAGGGCGGAAGACUGCCAAGCUUGUGAUAAAAUGUUUGUCCUCCAGUGGACAGGCCAUUGCAGAAAUCCCCAUUGCGGAAAGCAUGUACGGCAGCGUGUUCACGGCUGAGUUUCUGCAGAAUGUAACACGCGAGCGGAACUUGCACCCACUACAAAACUGUCUGCUCACCACUGGGACCUCUGUGUACCGGACCCCCUGGAAGAACGUGGUCAACCCUCUGUUUGUCAGCAAUACGUCGGACGCCAUCAUGCAGGCACGGUGCAGCGGAAGCGCCUUCCGGGGCCACCUUAGCACCUGCAGCACAAGCGGGUCCACAGGGACGUUGGACAGCCAUCGCAGCUCCAAAGAGUCUUUGCACUCUCAGGGAGCAGACUCCAUUUUUUCUGAAACCACCUCACCGAACACGGACCACACAGACCUGAACAACAGCACAGUGGACCCUGUGACACCCAUUGUUAAUGUAGAGAAACCCGCUGACCCAUGUGGGAUGGGACAGGGUCGUGAGGACAGUGACUGCAAAGACAGUGCCUCAGUGUCCAAGAUGCUCUCCUUCAGCACACACCUUAGUAACCCAAGCCCCCGGCGACGGCAUUCGAGGGACUCUGCUGCCUUUGAGAGCAGGAGACUUUUUAGAAAAUCUUACAUGGAGGCUUUACAGAACCCCAUGAGCCUUGAGUCCAGCUCUGAGUCUAUCCUGGAGGAAACAUCUGAGCACAAUUCUGUACUGAGAGAGAGAACUGUGACAACUGGUAGCAGCCCAGAAACUCGAUCGCCGACCACCUCUUCUUCUUCCAGAGAACAUUUAUCACGAAGGUUGGGAAGCCGGGGCUGGCUCAGUGGUGACGACUCCAGGCCCAGCACACCUUUGCUUUAUUUACAGAGAGGGUUACGAAGUGCAGAAAGGAGAGCAGAAAGACGCUCAAAAUCACUUGAGAGGACUAACAAGGCUGGUCAGGUCAAAGGCCACAGGGAACGAUCCUCCUCUGGAGGCUCGGCAAACAUAUCACCCAAAAAACUGAUGAAUGGAUACGCUCUUCGUUUUGGGAGGCUGGAUGUGGAAGCACUUUUUCCUGGUUCUGAAAGGAGAAGCAACAAAGAGGAGUCAGGCCAGCGGGAUAGCAGCAACAGCAGUGAGAGCAGGUCGCUCAGAUCAGGUGGAGAAGAGUCAAACAGUCCUAAAGCCACCAACGGAACUUCAAUCAGACCGGCUUCAGUUUCCACCUCUGUGUGUGAUGGUAAACCAGUGUUCCCCAAACUCGUGUCAGAGGUCAAUCAAGAGCUGCUCACAUCAGGAGCUGUGAUCCUGCCAGGAAACAGAGAUCGCAGUGGGAGGGCGGUGCUGCAGGUGUGCACCAGAGCACAGGUGUGGGCAGGUGACAGUUGUACAGUCAGUGACCUCACCUGUUUACUGGGCUACUACUACUCCACACUGAGGAAGGAAAGACAGGAUCAGGGUCUGACUGUUGUCAUCGACAGCAGGAGGCAACAGCCUGUUCCAGCUCUGUUGUCAUCCCUGUCUGAACUGCAGGCUUUAUUACCAAAUGCACUUUACUCCAUUAUCUUUGUGCUGGACAAGGAGGCUUCAGCCAAACCUGAGAGAGACAUGAAUGUGCAGACCGAGACACUGUCAUCUCUGAAGGCCCUCCACAAACACAUGGACCAAACCCAGCUCACGCGGGAGCUGGAGGGAACCUUCCACUAUGACCACAAUCACUGGAUCCACUUCAGACAGAAAGUUGAACCAUUUGCCAGCAGCUGCAGCACAGCCAUCCAUUCCCUUCAGGAAUCCAUCAACACGUUGAGCAACAGUGGCAACAUGAAGACCUCCCAGGAGGUUUCAGAGGUGAUAGAACAACAGAGGCAUCUGAUGAAGUGUGUGUUAGACGACAGUCAUCUGAACAGACUGCGUUUGGAGGGAGGGACCGUCCUCGCCCGGAUCAGGAAGGAGGAGGCCUGUGAGAACGACAUGUACAGAGACACUGUAGACAUGUUGAAUGCACUCUACAACCAGGUGGAUGAAGAAGUCCACAAGCUGGUCAUCCUGUCCAACAAGAGUCAGAAACAGUUGGAGAGUCUGCUGGAGGUCUGCAGGUUUGAAGAGCAAACUCAACAGAUCAAACUUUGGUUCAGUGUAGAAGCAGAGAAGCAGCUCGCACCUUUGGACUCUCUUACUCUGUCUACAUCCAAGAUCAAGGAGAUGAGAGAGAGCUUGGAACAGUUUCUGAAUGAGUCUGUGCACCAGCAGAGACACGGUCUGCAGCUGGUGAAAGAGUCUCCAGACUCUCUUCCAGGCUCCGCUCUCCUGGACUUCAAGCAGCAUCUGGGCUCAGUACUCGACAGAGUGGAGAAGAGAAAGGCCCAGCUGGACGUCCUGAGCAACCUGUAUGAGUUCUACGACUCAACAAACCAGUGGCUGAAACACUGUCAGGAUUAUUUCCUUCACGUCUGUCUGGACGAUUCCGAUGUAAGACUUUCACCGUCUGUGGUGCAGAAUCUGCAGGAUUACUACACUGAAGCCUCCAAGUUCUCUAUGGACAACUUCAGCACUCUGAACGACAUGGUGCAGUCCCUGGACAGUCCUCAGCAGCUGCAGCAGUGGAACACAGUGUGGCACCAAUGUCAGAAAACCAAACAGCAGCUGGAAGAGACUUUGGCUGGAGCCAUGAUGCCACCAUCGCAAGACUUCUCUGCUAAGGACAGUUCUCCGCAGACGUCAGAGAGUCAGUUUGGCUCAGCAGAACAAUUGAAUGGUAACAGUUGUUUGGUUUUAUCUGAGGUCCUCACACCGUUGAGAUUCGAGGACAAUAAGCCUCAUUCUGCUGGGCCUUUCACCAAAAGCCCGUCCAGGUCCAUCUCCUCCUCCUCGCACUUCCCUUUCUCGCCAGACUGCGACAGCAAGCUGAGGCACAGUCCAUCCUUGUUUGACGACACGGACAGCGACUGCACCAUCGACUCCACCAUCUCCUGCCACUCUGAGCCCGUCUACUUGGGAGCCGCACGUCUCCGCAAGCAGCCAAUGAAGAAGAUCAUGAAGAAGACUAUGAGCUACGAGCUGACGCCGCGCGACGGCGGUCACUCAGACGUUAGCCACAUUCACGGCUACACCGGUGUUUUUAUCAAGGGUUUGGAGGUGACGAACAACGUAUCUGCAGAGAAGAAGCUGCAGAGACCCGAUGUGACAAGUCCUGCGUUAGGACGCAGCCGCAGCCUCUCCACGCCCUCUCGCAUUCACACCAGACACAGUGAUGGAGAUGGAAGGAAACAAAGCAGUAAAGUGCAGCACAUCAUGGAUGAGAUGAUCUCCACGGAGAGGGAGUAUGUGCGCUCCCUCAGCUACAUCAUUGAGCACUAUUUCCCUGAGAUGGAGCGUCUGGACUUGCCGCAGGACUUGAGAGGGAAACGCAGCAUCAUUUUUGGAAAUGUGGAGAAACUGUGGGACUUCCACAGUCAGUACUUCCUGAAGGAGCUGGAAUCGUGCGCUCACUGCCCACUGUCCAUCAGCAGCUGUUUUCUUCAACAUGAGGAUCAGUUUGGAAUGUAUGCCCUGUACAGCAAGAACAAGCCGCAGUCUGACGCUCUGCUGAGCAGCCACGGGAACGAAUUCUUCAAGAAUAAGCAGGUGGAGCUGGGUGAUAAGAUGGAUUUGGCGUCCUACCUGCUGAAGCCCAUUCAGAGGAUGAGUAAAUAUGCACUGCUGCUCAAAGACCUGAUAAAAGAGUGUAGUCAGUCCCAGGAGCAGGAGCUGAGAGAUCUACGCACCGCAGAGGAGCUGGUCAAAUUCCAGCUCCGCCACGGCAAUGACCUGCUGGCCAUGGACGCCAUCAGAGGCUGUGAUGUGAACCUUAAAGAGCAGGGUCAGCUGCGCUGCCAGGAUGAGUUUAUAGUCUGGUGCGGACGCAGGAAAUUCCUCCGUCACGUCUUCUUGUUUGAAGACCUCAUCCUUUUCAGCAAGACCAAGAAGAUCGAGGGAGGAUAUGACAUUUAUAUCUACAAGCAGUCCUUCAAAACGGCAGAGAUAGGAAUGACUGAAAAUGUUGGUGACAGCGGCCUGCGUUUUGAAAUAUGGUUCAGAAGGAGGAAGUCCCAGGAUACGUUUAUACUUCAAGCCAGCACAGCAGAGGUCAAAGCGGUCUGGACCGCCAUCAUUGGGAAGAUCCUGUGGAGACAGGCACUCAGAAACAGAGAGUUGCGUAUGCAGGAAAUGGUUUCUAUGGGGAUUGGAAGUAAACCGUUCAUGGACAUCAAACCAAGUGAAGCAGCUAUUAGUGACAGAUCCAUCGACUAUAUCAUGAAGGGUUCAGAGUCCAGGACCAGAGCCUCCAUCGCCGUGUCCUCGUUUGAGCACUGUGCCUCCUUUAAGAGACCACACUCCACCAUCUCCAACAGCAGCACCUCCUCCUCCAGCAGCCAGUCGUCCUCCUCGCUGCUGGGCUCACUCAACCUCCACCUGUGCUCCUCUACCUCCCACCCACAUGCUCAUCCAUACUCCAGCGUCCCCUCCUUCGCCCAGUGGCCGUAUGACUGCAUAGAGGAGGAUGAGCUGGAGCAGGACACUGGCAGCCAGCCCUCCAUGAUCACUGAGAGCUCAGAGACGUCCUCACGCUGUCCCUCCAGUGAAAGUGUAGCGGGACUCAGUACCAGCGCCAUAGCAGGACACACAGCCCUGGUCCUGGACUCCUUCAACAACAACAACACUGAGCCUUCCUCCUUCCUCUGCUCCUCUUCACCUCCUUCUUCCAGAGCAUCUCCUUCAAUGUUCCAGAAAGAAGAAGACCUGCAGCCGCCGGGAACCAAGUUCAUCACAGCAAGCCAGACUUCACGUGUGGCAGUAGGCCUUUCUACUGUGGUCUGAUCAGACGUGUGGGGGGGGGGGGAUUUGGCUCACUGUGAGACCUUCAGACUCCUGGACGCCUCAGCCAUUUGCAUUUCAACACCAUCGCAGCACUAAGACUCUAGAAAAUAAAUUUGAUUUAUGACAUUUCAAGUAUCUGACACACAUUUUACAUUGUCAUGAUGGUACGUCAGUGGUCUGUACAUUUCCUUAAUAUGGACUAGCAACCUGUUUAUAAUGUAGAUCAGUUGUUAAAUGUUUAUUUCUUUAUUAAAAAAAUAGGAGGCAGAUUUAAUGUUUUAUUGUUGAGUUUUGUUUGUUGCCAGUUCUGACAGGUUUGUACAUAUGAUUAAAAGCUUACAAAACAUUCUCACUUCCUGUCUUAUUUAGAAUUCACCUUAUUCACCUUAACAUUUUAUAUCUACCCCUGAGACUGAACCCGUCAGAGGUUCUGAGGGUGCUUUUAUGCAUCACUUUUUUUUAAACAGAUUUUCUCAAUCUCUUACAAUUCUUCACAUGGAAUUAUUUUUCCACUGCUUUCUCCUGGCUGCACUUUGAAAUCGCACACACACACAUGCUCACAUUGUUGUACCUGCCACCUUUAUAGUGUGUGCUGGUGAAUUUCUUCCCCCCAGAUAAGCAGGCGGACGUGUGAAACCACACACUCGUGCAGGAAAUUAUAUGAAAGGUGUGAUACAGUGUGGUGAGAAGUGGGGUGUCUCCUAUGCUGCUCACAUUUAUUUUAAUACGUUUUGUGUUCUUACCCUGACCACAGCCUGUCCUGUUUAGCAGUGAUGUCUGUUCAAAGCGCAGAGCUAACUGAAAACCAAAUAUGAUUGACCUAAAAGAAAUUUGACUGCAGGAAUAUAUAUGUAUAAUAUCUUCUAUAUGAGCAGAAUGGCAUACAAAUCAGUAUGAAAGAAUAUCUGAAAAUGCAUUAACCAAAUAGACAGAUACAGAACAAUUGGUCCAAAUUUAUUAGAGAAAA